ACACAAAGAGAUAUCAUCUUUGAACUCAGACGAAUUGCGUUUGAUGGAGACAAUGAUCCCAGUGGAACAGAAAAGAGGAAAGCCAUCUACACUAAAGACUACAAGAUGCUGGGCUUCACUAAUCCUGUGAAUCCUGCAAUGGAUUUCACUCAGACACCCCCGGGAAUGUUGGCACUAGACAACAUGCUUUACCUUGCCAAAGUGCAUCAGGACACAUAUAUCAGAAUUGUUCUAGAAAACUGCAGUCGAGAAGAUAAACAUGAGUGCCCAUUUGGCCGCUCUGCCAUUGAGCUGACGCGCAUGCUGUGUGAUAUUCUCCAGGUUGGAGAACUGCCGAAUGAAGGGUGUAACGACUUCCAUCCCAUGUUUUUUACCCACGAGCAUGCUUGGGAAGAGUUUUUCUGCGUCUGCAUACAGCUGCUCAGUAAGACAUGGAAAGAAAUGAGGGCCACUGCAGAAGAUUUCAACAAGGUGAUGACGGUGGUGCGGGAGCAAAUCACUAGAGCUCUGGCCAUGAAACCGCCGUCUCUGGAGCAGCUGCGGGUCAAACUGCGCAGUCUAAGCUACUCGGAGAUCCUGCGUCUGCGUCAGUCAGAGAGAAUGAGUCAGGACGACUUCCAGUCGCCUCCUAUAAUUGAGCUGCGUGAGCGGAUCCAGCCAGAGAUUCUGGAGCUGAUCAAACAGCAGCGACUCAAUCGUCUGUGUGAGGGAAGUUGCUUUCGCAAACUCGGCAACAGACGGAGACAAGAGAAGUUCUGGUUCUGCCGUCUGUCGUUAAAUCACAAGGUCCUGCACUACGGAGAUCUGGACGAGUCUCCGCAGGGUGAAGUGCCGUUUGAACUGCUCACCGAUAAGAUUCCCGUGUCGGACAUUAAAGCAGUGCUGACGGGGAAAGACUGUCCACACAUGAAGGAGAAGAGCGCACUCAAGCAGAACAAGGAAGUGUUAGAGUUGGCAUUUUCCGUCCUCUACGAUCCUGACGAGGCUCUCAACUUUGUGGCACCCAGCAAAUACGAGUAUUGCAUCUGGACAGAUGGGCUGUCUGCGCUCUUGGGGAAGGAGUUGGGAAGCGAUCUCACACGAAGUGACCUUGACACAUUAAUGAGCAUGGAAAUGAAGCUCCGCCUCCUCGAUCUGGAGAAUAUCACCAUCCCUGAGGCUCCGCCCCCUGUGCCCAAAGAGCCCAGCACUUACAACUUCACCUACAACUAUGGAUGAGAUGUCUGUCCGUUCAACCAGAGCUUGUGUUUUCUGUGUCUUUCACUCUUCAGAGGUGAAGUGUGUCAUUUGUCUGUCACUAAGAUUCUUUCCUGCCGGUUUCAAGUUCAGAGUCGCAUUGUUUAGUUUGACUUGCUGAAGAGUGAAACCCUGUGAUGCUUGUUUGAGCCUCCCAACACGACAACUUCUGACGUGACCAGUAGAGUUCAAGAUGGACGAAAGAGUAGAAAUGACACAUUUCACCUCUAUACUAGUGUAUGUGCCUGAACAUGAACUAGUCUUGGUUACGAGAGUAUUUUUUCAGUCCUUUUUCAAAUGUUUGUAAGUCAGAAAAACAAAUGGUUCUUCUGUAUUCAAGUAUUUGAUUUUAAAUGAGAAAAGCAGAAACAGCAUCUUAAACAUCAUUCUGUGUUUAGAUAUUGUAAAGCAUCUACUCCCAUGUGUGAUGUGAUGUUAAUUGCUUAAAUGAGUAACUCAACUGAACAGUUAGUAACUUUGUACACCCCACAGAUCUGUCUGCAGAUAACUAAUAUUUACUGACGUUUGCUUUUGUCAAUAGAAAUAUAUUUUUGUACUUGAUGUGAAAGACACUAUAUGGUCUGCAUGAAACGGUGGAAAGCAAGCGAGUGCAAGAAUAUGGAAACUUUUUGUGACUCGUAGACUGAACAGGAUGAAGGCCUGCGACUGCAAUAUUCAAAAAUCCAUUCAAAAGUCUUGCAGAAACUAUAUGUGACAAUAGCCAUACGAGUUCAUAGAUUUAGACAUUUAUUUGGUGAUUUCUUUGUUACAGUACUCAAACAUGACUGCUCAGUCCGUUUAGCUGGAAAUAUUUACACGUUUAUCUUCUGUCUGUGCGUUCAUAUUUGCUUGCCAUAAUGUAAGGUUAUUCUGUGUGAAAACAGGACGAACGCAUAGAUGGAUUGCUGACAGAGGUGUGAUGUUUAUCAGAUUUGCUUCAUGCUACAGCUGGUAGUUUCUGAAUGUUGUAGUGGGCAGGUAUCAGUUUUUGGGUUGAAAUGUUGUACACACUAUAAAUAUAUAGUGCCUUCAGAAGGUAUCGAUUCCCUUUUUAUUUCUCAUUGCUAAAAAGGUAAUUUUAAUUAAGUUUUUAUUUUUUAUGUUUG